GCUGCCUUUGAUACUGUGAACCAUCAGAUCCUCCUCUCCACCCUCUCCGAGCUGGGCAUCUCCGGCGCGACCCACGCUUGGAUUGCGUCCUACCUGACAGGUCGCUCCUACCAGGUGGCGAAUCGCAUCUCUGCAUGUCUGGCAGACAUAUCAGUGUGGAUGACGGAUCACCACCUCAAGCUGAACCUCGGCAAGACGGAGCUGCUCUUCCUCCCGGGGAAGGACUGCCCGUUCCAUGAUCUCGCCAUCACGGUUGACAACUCCAUUGUGUCCUCCUCCCAGAGUGCUAAGAACCUUGGCGUGAUCCUGGACAACACCCUGUCGUUCUCAACUAACAUCAAGGCGGUGACCCGUUCCUGUAGGUUCAUGCUCUACAACAUUCGCAGAGUACGACCCUGCCUCACACAGGAAGCGGCGCAGGUCCUAAUCCAGGCACUUGUCAUCUCCCGUCUGGAUUACUGCAACUCGCUGUUGGCUGGGCUCCCUGCCUGUGCCAUUAAACCCCUACAACUCAUCCAGAACGCCGCAGCCCGUCUGGUGUUCAACCUUCCCAAGUUCUCUCACGUCACCCCGCUCCUCCGCUCUCUCCACUGGCUUCCAGUUGAAGCUCGCAUCCGCUACAAGACCAUGGUGCUUGCCUACGGAGCUGUGAGGGGAACGGCACCUCCGUACCUUCAGGCUCUGAUCAGGCCCUACACCCAAACAAGGCCACUGCGUUCAUCCACCUCUGGCCUGCUCGCCUCCCUACCUCUGAGGAAGUACAGUUCCCGCUCAGCCCAGUCAAAACUGUUCGCUGCUCUGGCACUCCAAUGGUGGAACAAACUCCCUCACGACGCCAGGUCAGCGGAGUCAAUCACCACCUUCCGGAGACACCUGAAACCCCACCUCUUUAAGGAAUACCUAGGAUAG